GGAAAUGACAGAGGAUGUGGUGAUAGUCGGAGCAGGCAUUGCAGGGUUGGCAACAGCAGUGGCUUUGAAAAGAGUCGGGGUUCGAGCUUUGGUGUUAGAGAGAUCACAAGGGCUAAGGUCCACCGGUGCAGCCAUAUCCCUGUUUCCAAAUGCUUGGCUUGCCCUUGAUGCUCUUGGUGUUUCUCACAAGCUCACCCGCAUUUACGAUCCUUUAUUCAAGGUAUAUGUAACCAAUGUAAGUACUGGAGAUGUUCAACAAGUCCUCUUCCCUGCAGGACAUGGACCCAGGGCAGUUCACCGUAAAGCGUUGUUAGAGGCACUGGCAGAGGAAUUGCCAGCUGACUCAAUUCGGUUCUCGUCCAAGCUAGCUGCCAUUGAAAGUCAAGAACAAGGAGGUGGUGCUUCCAUUGCUGUAGUGCAUUUGGAAGAUGGGACUAUAAUCAAGUCUAAGGUUCUGAUAGGCUGCGAUGGGCUGCACUCAAUAGUAGCACGUUGGUUAGGACUGGCAGAACCAGUCCAUUCAGGGCGAUCAGCGGUGCGCGGUUUGGCAAUUUUUCCUCAAGGCUACGGAUUUAAGCAAGAAGCUCAGCAGUUUGUGGAUGAGGGCAAAAGGGCUGGUUUUGUUCCUCUAAAUGAUAGGGAAUUUUACUGGUUUUUAACCUGCGAAGAGGAAAACAUGACAAGAGAUCCAGAGCAAAUACAAAGACAAGUACUUGAGAAGCAUACAGAGAGUUUUCCCUCGGUAUACCUAGACGUGGUCCGGCAUGCCGAUCUUUCGACAAUAACAUGGGCACCGUUGAUGUUUAGGCAUCCAUGGGGCAUCAUAUUUGGAAAUCUUAGCAAGGGAAAUAUCACAGUAGCGGGUGAUGCUAUGCACCCCAUGACACCUGACCUAGGACAAGGUGGUGGUUUAGCACUAGAAGAUGCUGUGGUAUUGGGCAGGCACAUCGGCAAUUCAGUCAUAAAAAAUGGAGGACUGGUUGUUCCAGGAGACAUGGCUAAAGCCAUAAAUGAUUAUGUCAAGGAAAGGAGGUGGCGCGCUGUUGGGCUGGUCAUAGGGUCAUAUUUAUCUGGGUGGGUGCAGCAAGGUGGAUCAAAAUUGUGGAUGAAGUUCUUGAGGGAUAGAGUAUUUUAUAAGUACGUUUUUGGCUGGGUUGGUAGACUUGUGCACUAUGACUGUGGAGAACUUCCUGCUGUGUCCUCUGCUAAGGAGGACUAAAUUUCAACUUAGAUAGUGCUCUCUGGCUAGUGAUUUCAGCCCAUGGCCCUCAAUUUGAAGAUUGAAAUAACAGCCUCUAGCUGCUGCUGAUAUUAAGAGUGUGGUUGUUUUUAAGAUAAUUUAUGGUUGUGGUUUUAAAAAAUAAGUUUUGAAAAAAUAUGGUUAGAUGGGGUUAGUUGAAUUUAGAUAUGUGUUUGGUAAAAAUUGUGGUUGAAGUUUAUGUGUAGCAAAAAACAUGUAUAAAAUGUUUAGUGUAAGUAUGGUUGCAGUUGCUUUUCAA